AUGAAGAAAUCACACCAUAACAGACCUCAUUUCUGUUUCUUCCAGGCCUUUAAGAUGUUCCAAAGGAAGAAAAAGAAGAGGAAGCUAGAGAUUUCUUCUCCCAGGAACUUUGAGCACAGAGUUCACACAUCCUAUGAUGUCACUCAAGGCUGUUUUGUAGGACUACCGCCUCAGUGGCAAAGUCUGAUAGAAACCCUGAGGAGACCCAAGCCGGUGGUGGACCCUUCAAGAAUCACAGCUGUGCAAACUAAACAAGAGAAGACCAUUGUGCGAGGCAGUUUCAUUGGACAUGGAGACUACAUUAGUGCAGCAAUCGCUGAGAUGGCCCGGCUUUCUGUUUCCAGCUCUAACUCGCUCAGAAAGACCAAUACAUCACUCCGUAAACGAGCCCAGUCCCUGGGCCGCCUGGGUGAACUGGCUGAAGGGGAUAUGUACCAAUAUCAAGAAAUAAAUAAAAAUAAUGAGAGAAAUGGACAGACUGUACAGGACUGGCAUGAACGCCAAUGGCAAGUCUAUAGCGAAAGUGGAAGCCCUCGACCUGGUACCAAAAACAGCGUGACUCUUCAAUCAAACGGACUGACUCCAAGAGCCAGGUCUAUUAUUGAAGUCAAUAUGGCAUCUCUGGAUCAGCCGGUGCUCAUGCCAAGGGACAUUCUGGGCUUAGCUGGAUCAGAUCAAGAAACCAAGUAUGUACAUAAUGAGAGAUUAAGGACUUACCAACGCGGCAUAACUCAGAGAGAUGGUAAAGCCAAUCAAAGGCCUGUAUCCUGUCUCUACAAUACUACCACUUAUGGGUUUAAGGGUAAUCCAAGAAUGAGUCCAAGCCCAGAACUGGGUGAAGUUUUAGUGGACACCCCUAGCAGACCAAACUCCACUUAUGACUCUAAGACAAGGGGUUUCCCAGCCAUGUCGAAACCAAAUGGCACCAGCAGUCCAAAACCAGUAUUAACCACAGACUCCCACCAACUUCCACCCUCUUUCAAGAAUCCAUCAAAUGUUUCUCCUAUUAAUUCCUCAGUCCCCCUUAUACAGGACAGUCCCUCCCAGCCUCGGCCUUCCCCUACAGGCUCUCCGGCCACCCACAUCCCAGGUGCUUCCUCCCCCAGCAUGAGUACCACUGAGCCAGCCAGCUUUACCUGUGAGCAGCCUACAGUCACCCACGCACAGUUUAAGGCUGCUCUGCAAAUGGUGGUGGACAAGGGAGAUCCGCGAAUGUACCUUGAGAACUUUGUGAAAAUUGGCGAGGGCUCGACGGGAGUUGUCUGCAUAGCACGAGAGAAGCACAGUGGGAAACAGGUCGCAGUGAAAAUGAUGGAUCUGAGGAAACAGCAAAGGAGAGAGCUUCUGUUUAAUGAGGUGGUCAUCAUGCGAGACUACAGGCAUAAGAAUGUGGUGGAGAUGUACAAAAGUGCCCUAGUGGAGGAGGAGCUCUGGGUCAUAAUGGAGUACUUACAGGGUGGAGCUUUAACCAAUAUAGUGUCUGAAACCAGGCUGACAGAAGAGCAGAUAGCUACAGUGAGUGAAGCUGUUCUACAAGCUCUGGAGUAUCUCCAUGCACAAGGUGUCAUCCACAGAGACAUCAAGAGUGAUUCCAUAUUACUGACACUGGAUGGAAGAGUCAAGCUAUCAGACUUUGGAUUCUGUGCUCAGAUCAGCAAAGACAUUCCAAAGAGGAAGUCACUAGUUGGAACUCCAUAUUGGAUGGCUCCAGAGGUCAUCUCUAAAGCCCCGUAUGGCACAGAGGUGGAUGUGUGGUCUCUGGGCAUCAUGGUGGUGGAGAUGGUGGAUGGGGAGCCCCCCUAUUUUAGUGACACACCAAUAGCUGCUAUGAAGAGACUGAGAGAUGAACCAGCUCCUUCCAUCAGGAACGCACACAAGAUCUCACCGGUGCUGAGAGACUUUUUGAAUUCCAUGCUCACAAAAGACCCUCUGGAGAGAGCAAGUGCUACUGACCUGCUCAAACACCCGUUCCUACUGCAAAGUGGCUCGCCUCGCUGCCUGGUGCCUCUGGUGGAGCAGUACCGGAAACGCAUGUCUCGAUGCUGAACACUGAACACACUGCAUGGACCAAAAAAGGAUGUACAUUUAUGAGCCCUAAAGACUGGCAGUUACUCUAACCAUGACCUUUGUAAAUAUAAACUAUUUAUGCAUGCCAAAAGUGACCUGACCA